CAGUUUUAUGAGGAAUAAACUUUAGAUCACAGGAACCAUAGAUGACAGUUAAUGCGGGGAAGUAUUUACUGACGGACCAGGCGUGUUGAGCAGCUUCAGUGAUGGGAAACCUGAUCAAACAGACUUUUUUUUUGGAUUAAAUUAAAUUAAUUUGUAUUUACAGUCCGAAUUUGAAUCCGAAAUUCAAAUUAUAUAAGUUUGUAGUAGAAGCACAAAUGACUUUCAUCAGCAUUAUUCUGCACGUGUGUUAAACCCAUGUUACCCAUGAUCCAUCUGUGAUGGCAGGAAAGAAUCGAUUCUCUGUGUCUGACAGGUUUGAGUUCCUGCAGGGGCUGGUCACAGAGUUUCAGGACACUGACAGUGAGGAGGCUAAAGAGCAAGUGCUGGCAAACCUGGCCAACUUUGCAUAUGAUCCAUCCAACAUGGAAGCUCUGCGAAUGCUCCAGGUCACUGAACUCUUCCUGGACAUGCUGACAGAAGAGAACGACAACUUUGUGGAGUUUGGAAUUGGUGGUUUAUGUAACCUCAGCAUGGAGCGUGAGUCCCGUGAUCAGAUCCUGCAAAGCGGUGGAGUCCCAUUAGUGAUAUCAUGCCUGUCGAGUAACAGAGAUGAGACUGUUCUCUCUGCCAUCACUACAUUAAUGAACCUCACCACAGCUGCCUCGCGCGCUGAGACCACAGACAGCGCAGUGGUGCAGUGCAUGCUGCGCUUCUCUCUCACAGAGAACCCGCGCCUCAGGAACCUGGCUUCUGUCUUCCUGCAGGACUACUGCACACAGGAACAAGUGGACAGAGCCCGAGAGGCAAUGCAGGGACAAAGUCAGUCGGUGGUAGGGAUUCCACUUCCAAAGGACUGACUUUUGAUUUCGCAUGUAAUUGUUUCUGGACAAUUGAAAAUGUUUAAAUUGUGUAAUUUAAGAUUAUUUUGAAAAAUAAAACCUUAUUUUCUUAAUAAA